UGUUUUUGUUUCUUUGACAAAUUAUUUUAUCUUUCAUUGUGUUCAAAUUGUUUCAUUGAUUGAUUGAUCGUUUUUUUAUUUGACAAUUCAAAUGGAUACUAAAGUGUCAAUACAGAAUGAAUCAAGCAAAUCUAAUAGCGAUUCAUUGUCUAAAGCAUUAGAUCAACUCAAACUCAGAGACUCAGAUGACAUUAGAAAUGAAAGACGAAAAAGCACUCAGACUGGACUCAUCUUAGAUCCUUCCAUGGUUGACCAUAAAUGCCUAUGGGAUCCAAAAUACCCUGAAAGUCCUGAAAGAUUUAAUCGUAUUUUGAAUAGAAUGAAGCAACUCGGUCUAGUUGAUCGAUGUCAACUUCUUAAGCCUCGUUUAGCCACCAAAAAGGAAAUACUUUACAUCCACACUGAAGAUCAUUUUGAGAAAAUGAAAGUAACCGAAUCCAUUAAUGACCCAAUAGAAUUGGAAGAAUUGUCAUCAAAAUAUGACGCAGUUUAUUUCCACCCAAAGACUAACGAACUUGCUUUAUCGGCUGCUGGCUCGACAAUUGAAUUGGUCGAUGCGGUUUUAAAUGAUGAAGUUCGUAAUGGUUUUGCCCUAGUUCGACCUCCAGGCCAUCAUGCUCUUGCCGAUAAACCCUGUGGCUAUUGUUUCUUCAAUAACAUCGCCAUCGGAGCUGCUCAUGCGGUUAAAAAACACGGAUUAAAACGGGUUCUUAUCGUUGAUUGGGAUGUUCACCAUGGACAAGCAACUCAAUUUGCAUUCGAAGAGCAAGAUGAAGUUAUGUACUUUUCAAUUCACAAAUAUCUUCAUGGUUCAUUUUGGCCUGAACUUAUUGAAUCAAAUUAUACAUCAACCGGUCGAGGUCCUGGUAAAGGUUACAAUAUAAACGUACCUUUGAACGAAGAGGGUUUAACUGAUCACGAUUAUCUCGAUUUCCAUAAUAUUUUACUUCCUCUUGCCUACGAGUAUAAUCCUCAGUUGAUCUUAAUUUCCGCCGGAUAUGAUGCUGCAAUUGGAUGUCCAGAAGGAAAUAUGUCAUUAUCUCCCUCGUUAUAUGCACAUUUAACUAAUCAAUUGAUGACUUUUGCCGAUGGAAAAGUUUGUGUCAUUUUGGAAGGUGGUUAUUGUCUUUCAUCUCUCGCUGAAGGAGCUUCUCUCACACUUCGUGCUCUUCUUGGUGACCCUUGUCCACCUUUAAAUUCAAAGGAGCCAAUUAAACUUCACAAAGCUAUGGUGGACUCGAUUCUUGAUGUUAUUUGGGCUCUUAAACCUCAAUGGAAAUCUUUAAGAAUCCAGGAAGAAUUUAGUUAUUCAGGAAAAUCCAACGACGAAAACACCAAUCCUAUGGUUAGAAAAUAUACUCCGAUGAUUGAGUAUCACGGUAAAUCAUCAUUAGAAGAUCCACCAAGUAAAUAUGAGACAAGAGAUUGUUAUCUUGCCCAUGACAAGGAAACUUUUGAAAAAUUUGAAGCAAUAAUUAAACGUGAAAAGGAAUUAGCUGAUUUAACUGUUCCACCAAUUAGAACUUGUAUAAAGUUUGAUGCUGAUAUGAAUUCACAUCGUCGUCAAAAAUCAGAGCAUCCAGAAUGUCCAGAUAGAAUCGUUUCAAUUUACAAUGGACUAAAGAAAGAAGGUCUUUUGGAUAAAUGUCUCCUCAUUGAUACAAAAAGAGUUGUAACUGAUGAUGAGCUUAAAUUGGUUCAUACUGAUGAUUAUAUUUCCGGGUUAAAACUUUUAAAACACAUGAAUCAAGAUCAAGUAAACUCAAUUGCUCAUACCUACGAUUCAAUUUAUAUGUGUAAAAACACAAAUGAAGCAGCUCGACUAUCAGCUGGAGCUUUACUUCAAGUAACUGAUCAAGUUUUGACUAAUAAGGCACGAAAUGGAUUCGCAAUCAUUAGGCCCCCUGGACAUCAUGCUGCCAAAAGUGCUGCUGCUGGUUUUUGUAUUUUCAAUAAUGUGGCCGUUGCUGCCGAAUAUGCUAUACACAAGUAUGGCCUGAAAAAGGUUUUGAUCGUUGAUUGGGAUGUUCACCAUGGAGAUGGAACUCAAUCUAUUUUCGAAGAUCAUCCGAAUGUCCUUUUUAUUUCUCUUCAUCGUUACGAUUUUGCUUCAUUCUAUCCAAGUACAAUCAAAUCAGGCUUUAAAACCAAAUCAAAUAUUAUCAACAUUCCUUGGAAUGGUGGACCAAUGUCAAAUUCUGAUUACAUUUCAGCAUUCGCAAAUAUAAUUCUGCCCGUAGCAUAUGAAUAUAAUCCGGAGGUUGUUUUUGUUUCUGCAGGAUUUGAUGCUGCUAAAAAUGAUCCACUUGGAGAGUACAAACUUGACCCCGAAGUGUUUGGUCACUUUACUCAUUUACUGAGUGGACUUGCCCGAGGAAAAUUAAUUCUUGCUUUAGAGGGUGGUUACAAUAUCGCUGCUAUAACAAACUCUGCAAUCGAAUGUGUGUCCGUUUUACUUGGUCAACCUCCUAAACCAUUGGUAAAAACGGAAAUAAAUGAAAACGCUCGAACAACACUUCGAGAUGUGAUGGGCUACCAUUCAUCAAACUUUUCGUCACUUGCUUUUUAUGCCAAACUUCCGCCGAACAAAUUAGUUGACUAAAGUCAUGGACUUUUUCAUGGAAUAUUUUUCUUGAAACCAAAUAACGAAAACGAAAAGCCUCAAAAUUUUGUUGGAAAUCGACCGAAAAUCGUUCAAUUUCUCCUUUCCUUUUCGGACAUUUUCCUUUAUUAUUCCGAUAAAUGUGAUAACCAAUUUAAUAGAUUUCAGCUCUUAACCAACCAGAUCUUUCAUUCACUUUUGCCAUAAACAAAACAAAACUAGCAAUUAACUUAUCAUCUCAUAAAAUUUUCCAUAGUUAAUUUUAUUGACAAAUAAUUUGUUCUUCUAAAUUAAUCUUACGAUAUUGUUUAUCUUUUAUUAUCCAUGAAUUUUUGCUGUUUUUUUCAAACACGAAAAAGAAAACAAAUGUAAUUCUUACAACGAUAAAUUUGUUGAUGUUAAAUUAAAAAUGACAGAAUUACCGUUAA